AUGAAGGCCCGCCAGCAGAAGGAAAAAGUGCCCGUUGUGCCCUUCCUGAAGCUCUUCCGCUUUGCCGACAGCAAGGAUCGCCUCCUCAUCAUUCUGGGUAUCCUCACCAGCAUGGGUAUCGGCGCUCUGAUGCCCUGCUCCAUCCUCGUCCUCGGCAACUUCCUCGGAAGCUCCUCGGGCUUCCUGAACGGCCCCCAGCUCCCCACUGACCCCAACGGCAACUACAUCCUGCCCAGCGGCCAAAUCGUUACCCCGGCCCAGCUGAUGAGCAACUUCGACCCCCAGCCCAUGUACAACAACAUCCUGAUCUUUGUCUACUUUGGUAUUGCCAUGCUCUUCUCGGGCUACUUUACCCAGUUCUUCUGGGUCAUUUCCGGUGAAAACCAGACCCGCCGCAUCCGUGAGCUCUUUGUCCGCUCGGUUCUGCGCCAGGACCUCGGAUGGUUCGAUCUCGCCGAGGAGGGCUCCCUCACCACCCGCCUCGCCCAGGACACCCAGCUCAUCCAGGACGGUAUCUCCGAGAAGGCCGGCAUGUGCAUCCAGGCCAUCACCCAGUUCCUUGCCGGCUUCAUCAUCGCCUUUGUGAAGGGCCCCAAGUUGGCCGUCGUGCUGCUGGCUGCGCUCCCGCUCCUCGGCAUCGUCGGCACCGUCAUGAUCCGCAUCAUCAGCAAGUUCACCGGCAAGGGCCAGAAUGCCUACGCCGACGCCGGCGCCGUCGCCGAGCAGGUCAUCUCCGGCAUCCGCACCGUCUACUCGUUCUCGCUCCAGCAGCGCUUCACCGAAAAGUACGACAAGGAGCUCGCCAAGGCCGAAGUCAGCGACAUCAAGAAGGGCCAGGCCAUCGGUCUCGGCUUUGGCUCCUUCAUGCUCGUCAUGUUCUGUACAUACGGCCUGGCCUUCUGGUACGGCUCGCGCCUCGUUCUCCAGGGCGAGCUUGCCGGCCAGGAUGUCCUCGUCGUCUUCUUUGCCAUGAUCAUGGGCGCCAUGUCCCUGAUCAUCCUGCCCACCAACCUGGCUGCCGUCUCCAACGCUCGCGGCGCCGCCUACAAGAUCUACUCCGUUAUCGAUCGUGUCCCCACCAUCGACUCGCUCUCUCAGGAGGGCCUCAAGCCCGCAGCCAUCACGGGCGACAUUGAGUUCAAGAGCGUCGAUUUUACCUAUCCCGCCCGCCUCGACACCCAGAUCCUCUUUGACCUCUCCCUCAAGAUUCCCUCCGGCAAGACCGUUGCCUUUGUCGGCCCCUCUGGCUCGGGCAAGUCGACCAUUGUCCAGCUCAUCCAGCGCUUCUAUGAUCCCAACGCGGGCCAAGUUUUCCUGGAUGGCAACGACGUCAAGGACCUCAACGUCAACUGGCUCCGCAGCCAGAUUGGUAUCGUCAGCCAGGAGCCCGUCCUCUUCAACACCUCCAUCAAGCAGAACAUCAUCAUGGGUGCCACCGGUGACGUUACCGAGGCUGACCUGAUCAAGGCCUGCAAGAUGGCCAACUGCCACAACUUCAUCAGCAAGCUUCCCCAGGGCUACGAUACCUCUGUCGGCGAGCACGGCGGCAUGCUUUCGGGCGGCCAGAAGCAACGCAUCGCCAUCGCCCGUGCCCUGAUCAAGAACCCCCGCAUCCUCCUCCUCGACGAAGCCACCUCUGCCCUCGACACCCACUCGGAGCGCCUUGUGCAGCAGGCCCUCGACAACGCCUCCAAGGACCGCACCACCGUCAUCAUCGCCCAUCGUCUCUCGACCAUCCGCAACGCCGACGUCAUUGUCGUUCUGCAGCGCGGCAAGAUCGUUGAGGUCGGCAACCACGCUGAGCUCUACAAGCUCGGCGGUGUCUACACCGGUCUCGUUGACAAGCAAAAGAUCAAGAUGGAGGUCGAGGACACUCUCGGCAUCAACGACCGCUCCCUUGGCCGCAACAAGAAGCGUAACAGCAGCAGCAACGGCUCCUCCGAGACUCUGGAGGAGGAAGAGGAGGAAUUCAACAUCAAGAAGCCCGACGUGUCCGAGGUCGUCACCGACGACACCGGCAAGCCUGUGGAGACUCGCCUCUACCUCGAUGACGAAAAUGCCCACCGCAAGGCUGCUCUCGACGAAAAGCAGCAGCUCAAGGACAAGAAGAAGGAACUCAAGAAGCAGUCCGCUCCGCUCUGGCGUGUGCUGAUGCUCAUGAGACCCGAGUGGGGCUACAUUGCCCUCGGCUGUCUCGGUGCCGUUGGUGCUGGUGUGGUCUUCCCCGUCUUUGCCCUCAUCUUCUCGAGAGUCAGCAUCAUCCUUCUGGAUCCCAGCGAGAUCGACCCCGGACCGUUCCAGGGUGCCAAUCUCUACUCGUUCCUCUUCGCCAUCAUCGGUGUCCUCGGCUUCUUCUCCUUCAGUCUGCAGUUCAUUGGUUUUGAGCACGCCGGUGGUGCCAUGGGCCGCCGUAUCCGUCUGAUGACUUUCAACGCCAUGAUGCGCCAGGAGGUUGGAUUCUACGACGAGGAGGGCCACGGCCUUGGUGCCCUGACCUCCCGUCUGGCCAUCGAUGCGCUCAAGGUCGGCGAGCUCGUCACCAAGGUCUGGGGUGAUCUGUUCCAGCUCUUUGUCACGGCCUGUGCCGGUCUCCUGAUUGCCUUCAUCAACUCGUGGCAGCUCACUCUGAUCAUCCUGGCCGUUGCUCCAUUCGUCGCUGCCGGCUCCUUCUUCGAAGCUCGUAUCCGUCGUGGAUUUGAGGAUGCCAGCAAGAAGUCGUACGAAGAAUCCGGCGAGAUUGCCGGCGAGGCUUUCAAGGAGAUUCGCACCGUCUCGGCCCUCAACCGCCAGCACUUCUUCGAAGACAAGUACCGCGCCAACCUUGAGCACCCCCACAAGCUCGCCAUCCAAAAGGCCCGGAUUGCUUCCCUCGGUAACGGCUCCAGCCAGGCUGCUGUCCAGUUCGCCAACGCCCUCGGUUUCUAUGCUGGUAUCCGUCUGGCUCUUGCUGGAACCAUCAGCUUCAAGCCCGUCUUCACCGUCCUGAUGGCCGUCAUGUUCACUGCCCAGGGUCUUGGUCGCGCCUCCAACUUUGUUACGACCUACACUGCCGCCAAGCUUGCUGCCAUCAACACCUUUGAGCUCAUCGACCGCGCCACCACCAUCGACCCCGAUGCCGAUGGUAUCGUUGCCGACAACGUCGACGGCACGAUCGAGUUCAAGGACAUCUCGUUUGCCUAUCCUGCCCGCCCCACCCAGCCCAUCUUUGACGGCCAGUUCUCGCUCAAGGCCAAGAACAACAUCACCAUUGCCCUCGUCGGCCCCUCUGGAUGCGGCAAGUCGACCACGAUCGGUAUCCUGCAGCGCUGGUACGACAUCAACAACGGCAGUGCCUUGCUCGAUGGCAAGCCCAUCAAGGAUUACCAGGUCAAGAACCUGCGCAAGCACAUGGCCCUCGUCGGCCAGGAGCCCGUCCUCUUUGACAUGAGUAUCAAGGAGAACAUCCUCGCUGGCACCGAGCGCACCGAUGUCACGGAUGAGGAGGUUGAGGAGGUUGCCCAGAUGGCCAACAUGACUGCCUUCCUCAAGGAUAUGCCCGAGAGACUUGACACCCGUGUCGGUGACAAGGGCUCCCAGCUCUCCGGUGGCCAGAAGCAGCGUGUCGCCAUUGCCCGCGCCCUCAUUCGCAACCCCAGACUCCUCCUCCUCGACGAAGCCACUUCUGCUUUGGACUCCGAGUCUGAGAAGCACGUGCAGCAGGCCAUCGAUAACGCCAUCAAGCAGGGCGGCCGCACCACUGUCACCAUUGCCCAUCGUCUCUCGACCAUCCAGGACGCCGAUCUGAUCGUCGUGUUGAAGGAGGGAGUCGUUGUUGAGCAGGGCACCCACUUUGAGCUCUUGGCUCUCAACGGAGUCUACAGCGCCCUGGUCAAGCAGCAGGAUCUCAACGUCCUGCAGUAA